UAUAAUUUAUGGUCAUUAUAUGGCACUUGUGCCACGUAUUUUUGCAGGAAAAAGUUAUUAUUGGAUUAACAAUUAAACUGUCUGUCUUUUUAAUGUUCGUUAACUAUUUGUGUCAAGGGGCUUAAGCGGUCUUCCUUGUUUUAAUAUGGGAUCAUCGUACAGCGUUGAAAUUCCCGGUGGCGGCACUGAAGGUUAUCACGUUCUCCGGGUACAAGAUGGUUCACCAGGUCAAAAAGCCGGUCUCGAGGCUUUCUUCGAUUUUAUCGUAGCUAUUGGAAACACUAGACUAGAUCAAGAUAAUGACACGUUAAAGGAACUUUUAAAAAAUGGAAUAGAUAAGGAAUUGCAAAUUACUGUAUAUAGUAGUAAAACACAAUGUAUUAGGGAAACUGUAAUUGUACCAAGUGUCACUUGGGGAGGUCAAGGAUUGCUUGGAGUUAGCAUUCGAUUUUGCUCCUUUGAAGGUGCGAACGAAAAUGUUUGGCACGUACUCGAAGUUCAUCCUUCGUCGCCGGCCGAAUUGGCUGGAUUGCAAUCAUUCACAGAUUACAUUAUUGGUGCUGAUUCGAUUUUACACGAAAGCGAAGAUCUCUUUAGUUUAAUCGAGGCUCAUGAAUCUCGAUCACUGAAACUUUAUGUUUACAACACGGAUUUGGAUUCUUGCCGAGAAGUCACGAUUAUUCCCAAUAAUCAAUGGGGUGGUGAAGGAAGUCUGGGCUGUGGCAUAGGAUAUGGUUACCUGCAUCGUAUUCCAAUUAGAAGUAUACCUGACACGAAACCAAUGAAUUCUUAUAUCGCAAAUCAGGCGAAUGUAGUUACGACACAAGUAACGAAUUCGAUAAUGCCCCAAGUGUCUAACGUUGGAACAACUUCAGUGACAAUUCCCACCGGAUUUACAAUACCCACGAGUUUGGCGCCAGGUCCACAGGUAUCACACGUACCACAAGCACCAGUUUUGUCCUCGGAAGCUCAAGUUGCUUUUCAAGUUGCGCCACCGAAUCCUGGAGUUGCUCCGAUUAGUUCGGUUUUAGUGGACAUACCCGGCUCGACAAAUUCAACCGCACAUUUAUUUUCUCCACAAACAGUUUUACCAAAUACUGAGCACACGACAUAUCAGAGUACACCGAAUAUUCCCGGGAUGCCGCCAACCUCACCAUUACCACCGCUUCCAUUUGACAUCACUGCAAUGAGCAAUGUCUCGACUCUCGGCAGUCCAACGCAAAUUUACAAUCCAAUACCAACUGCAACGGUUCCAUCGACAUUACCAUACGGUGUUGUGCCGCAAUCGCAGAUUGUCACGCCGAUUUCACUGCCUGGAAUGCCUCCAAUUACUGUUAGUGCCGCUAUGCCGCAAAAUCCCUCUUUUUAUCAACCAGUGAGACAACCUGAAGUACCAACGUCUCAUUCCGUGCCUCCGACACAAUAAACAUCAAUUUUAUUAUAAUUCAGGGAAAUUUAAUUUCUUUUUUUCUUUCUUAUUUUGUGGACUGCUUUAACCAAUUUUUAUUAAGUUUUGUAUUUUAUAUAUAUGUGAAUUUUUUGAAUGAAAUACAAACUGCUAAGUAAGAUAUAACACGAUUGUAAUUUUAAAGAAAAAAGUAUACAAUAUAAAAAGAAAAUGGAAAA